AUGGAGGAGGGUGUGCCAUAUUGCAUGGAGCCGUCUGGGUUUGCAGCUCGGUAGGCUGUUGAUGUCUGUAGGCGAUCACCGUUGCGCUUACGUUUGCUGAAAGUCACAAAUAAAUCUAGUGUGAAUUGACCAUUGAGCUCCAAUAUACUGGAGCGAAAACUCGAGCAGAUACCUUAUUAUAGGAAAUUAACGAUGCACUUUAUUAACGCGACAUAAAUUAACGUGUCAUCUAAUUAACGCGAAUUGCAUUCAAGUGCUUCUAAAACUGAUUAAAUUAACGCGAAUAUGACAGUUUAUGGUUAACAAGUUAAUUUAACUAACGCGAAUUGAAGAAUAUAAACACAACAGCAAAAGUUUAAUAUUAUGUACUACCAAUUACUCUUGUUGAGUCAUGUUUUAAAGUAUUAUCAGGUUGCUUAGUCACAGACAAUGUUGACAAUUUAUUUAGAGAUCAAGUUUCUUAUAUUACAGCAACAUCGCGAACUAUGAUCAAACUAAACGCCUUUAGCUUUUCUAAGCAGGCUUUGAUAUGAAUUUAAAAGAUGAUAGACGCAGUUAAGGAUUAUUUAACAGCGAAAAGAUUUGGUAAUGUCGCCUACCUAUGUGUAAUUGUUCAUUUCCUUUGUGGUUUGGCAUUAGGUGCUUUUACCACAUUUUUGAGGAUAACCGAGAACGCGGGCAAAUUUUUUUGUUCAGUUGAUGCUAAGAGUACGGCCACGUACAAGAAACAGGUCGAUCAGGUAUGUUUUGCAAGAUAUGAUCAGGCGUAUAAUUCCCCUCUGCCUUUGUGCGGAUUUGUUCCACUGAGUAUUGGAGUCGCAGUUCUUGUCAGUGUUAUUUACUCACUGAUAGUGAGCACCCGCGUCGACGAAAUAGAGUCAAUACACAAACGACAAACUGAUGGCGAAACCGAGAAUCGUGGACAGAACAGGAAAACGGUAUAUGUUUUUUAUUCAUAUUUUGUCCACCUUGUUCUUCGUGGGCUAUUUGUGAUCGCUUUAACUGUUUUGCAACACACAUAUUUCUAUCCAAAUGGGUUCGAUUUCAAAUUCAACUGUAAUUUACCCCCAACGGAUCAAGUAUCAUCCAACAUAAAUACACCAAAGAAUGCGAGUCGUAAUUUGAGUGGUACAUUAGUAACAUGUGAGAAUGCGACAGCGUCAGAAAAAUGGGUAUCGGGUAUAUUUGUGUCUGUAAUAAACAGUAUUGUUGCCGCACUUAUACUUGGGGAAGUGAUUUAUCUUUUGCCACGUUUACCAAUCCUCAACCGUCAUUCUGGAGUUGGCUGUAGCCGUGAUUCUAAAUUUGUUAUUGAAUAUUUUCUUGGCAAGCAAUAUCAUUUAGUUGGUGAAAGUGAACCUUUAACAGGUAUCGAAGGGAACCCUACGUACUGUAGCACUCAGGAUUGUAUCGACGUUUACAAGAAACAAGUUUUGAAUCGUUCUCGUGAUCCUGGCAUAAUUUAUGGACCAAACGCUAAUAUAGAUGAAUUGUAUAUUGACGUUGUUAUCCAUACUGGACGAGCUCAGCAUAAUUUUCCCAAAGAAAUGAAAAGACACGAAAUCUACGACGUUUAUAUGAAAGUUCCCUCAAAAUCCAUACAUUUAGAAAAGAUAAGAGAUUUAUUUUAUCCCAAUGAAGAUACGAAGGGAGAAUUUCCCCGUAGCAUUCUGGCGAUUGGAAGACCUGGGAUUGGUAAAACUGUCUUGACCGAAAAAAUUCUGCGUGACUGGGCUAAUGUAAUUGAUGAAUAUUAUUCCGACAAGAUUGUCUUCUUUUUGAAAUUCAGAUGGUUCAACGAGAAUAUUAACAAAUUAACAAAUAUAUCCCUUAAAACAUUUCUUCAGUUUGGGACGGGACUGAGUGAAGAAAAUUUCGAAAGUAUUUACGAAGAAAUUGCAAAAGAGCCAUGCAAAGCCAUUCUUAUUUUUGAUGGUUUAGAUGAAUAUCACAGCGACCCCAUAAGUUGCUUAGACCAAUCUCGCAUCAUUCCAAACGAUCCUAAUACUGGCACGUCAGCAAUCAAUUUAUUCAUUAAACUAGUUUUGGGCGACUUGUUGAAAGGAGCAACGGUUCUAGUAACGAGCAGACCGACUGCAGAUGAUUUUUACUCGAGACUUGAUUUUGAUCGAAACGUGGAGAUUAUUGGUUUCACUCGCGAUAAAAUUGAAGAGUAUGUCAGCCGAUUUUGUGACAAUAAUAAUACGAGCGACGUCAAAACGAAGAUAUGGAACCACAUAAAAUCCUCAUCAGAACUGUUAAACUUAUGUUACAUUCCAGUCAACUGCUUUAUAGUGUGUGUUACCCUCUCUGGGUGUCUUAGUGACCCAAGAAAUGAAACUGGUGCUCUUCCAACAACACUGACAGAACUUUACCAGACAGCCAUUGAUCAUUUUGAGAAACAUCAUCACAGAAAUGCAGACAGAAACCCUACAGCACAUGAAGCGUUAAAGCAACUUCAACGAUUAGCAUUCCUUGCUAUGGAAAGCGGGCAACUGGUUUUUAAUCAAACCUUAUUUAAUGAGAAAAUGAAAAAAUCAGGUUUAUUGAACAGUUUAUCCAAUCCUAUUUUCCCACUACAAACACAAUUUUGUUUUAUCCACUUAACCAUACAAGAAUUUCUUGCUGCAAAACACGUGUCUGAAACAUUCACUCCACCCGAAAUAAAGAAGUUCAUUUCCGACCAUGUUAAAAGUGGUAAAUGGCAUUUAGUUCUUCAGUUCAUUGCAGGACUUUUGGGCAAGAAAAUCAAGAAUUUUGAUAAGGAAUACAAGGAUUGUGUUUUCGCGUUUGCAGAAAGCUUCAAAGUUACUAAUGGUAAAAUUGUAGUUAAAUACCAUGAAGUGUUUACAAUGAAGUGUUUAAGAGAAGCGGAUAAUGAAGAGAUUACUAAAGAAGUUUGCGAAACAAUUGCUAUAAACAAUUCGGUAGAACUAUACACUCAUGAGUCAUCUUAUAAUCUUUCUCCAAGUGACUGGGCAGCAGUGACUUUCGUUUUCAAACACAUGAAAGAAUUGGCAAAUUUGACAUUGUUAGUAUUUGCCGCAGAUUGUCUUCCGGAGAUUCUAAGAUUGCUACGAAAGACAUGCCUAAAUAAACUAGAAAUGGUUUCGGGAGCACAUGGCGCUGUUACAGACGAAGUAGACCAAGUAUUUAGCGCAUUAACGGAAUUAAACUGCACGUUCGACCACGAACACACUAAGCUGACUACGUUAGCACUUUAUGAUUUUGAAUUGACCGAAGCAGUUUUACCGAUCAUGUGCAAUUUUUUUGAAAACGGACAUGCGAGCCAACUUGAGUACUUAUCUCUACUGAAUAUUAAGGGGAUUCAGUCACAUGAAAUUUCGAAACUUUGUGAAAUCCUUAACAAUGAACAUUGUCCAAAUCUUGCAUAUUUGUCUCUUGAAGAAAAUUCAAUAGCUGAUAAGGGUGCAAAGGUGUUGUGGGAUACUCUGACGAAAGGGCUUCGUAAUCUUAAAAGAUUGAAGGUCAAGCAAUAUGAGUUCACAGUUCGAUGUAUUCCUGCGCUAGUGAAGACACUGCAAGAUGAACGUUGUCAACUGACUGUUCUAUCACUGGCGAACAAUGCCAUUGGUGAUGAAAGUAUAGGUAUGUUGUUUGAAGAUGCCCUGACAAAUCAGCGUUGUAAGCUUACUGUGUUGAACCUUGAACAGUGUGCGUUAACGGAUCCAUGCAUACCCAGUUUGUGUAAGGCACUGCAAGAUGAACAUUGUAAGCUAACUCUAUUGUUGCUUACGUCAAAUAAUUUCACUGCAAACGGCACGAAGUUGCUUCGUGAUAUAAAUAAUUAUAAAAGUUGUAAAGCUAGGGGUUUACGAAUUGACUUCCACCGAACUGCUGGAUAAAAUAGCAGAACACUAAAUUGAUGUCUUAUGAGUGAAUUAGAAAUUAUAUCUGAUCUUAACGAUUUUGUAAAUACACUAUAUACGGAUUACGGCUUUGAAUUUGUAAAAUAAACGCUGUUUCAUUAAUAAUUGUAGAUUAAGUUCUUUGUAAGUUUGCAUGGCGAUAAAACAAAUAAUAGUUUUGUUUGUGGAAACACCACAUAAAUUUAUUACUGCAAAGUUUUCGAUCCGUAAGCCCGGAUCUUCAUCAGUGCUAAUUACAGCUAAUAAUAUGUAAAUAUUAUAUUAUUAUUAGCACUGAUGAAGAUCAUAUUAUUAACACUGAUGAAGAUCCGAGCUUACGGAUCGAAAGCUUUGCAGUAAUAAAUUUACGUAGUGUUUCCAGAAACAAAACUAUUGAUUGUAGAUUACCUUCGCGUUUCUGCGAUGUUGCCAAUCUAUACUAGUCACUAGUGUGAUUAAAAUCUUAAAGUCCAGGAUCAAACGAGGAUGGGAGUUGGCAAGCGAGAGUUUGCAUGUGAGUUUUCUCAACUUUCGUGUCCCGAUCCGAACGAGAACAAAAGUUGCAUGAGAGUUGAUGAGAGUUGACUGGAUAUUACUGCGCGCGUAGCAAAAACUCUCGUCAAGUUUCAUCAAACUUUGAACGAGCUCAAAGUUAAUGAAAGUCGAUGAGAGUUGGCGAUGAAACACGAACGAGAAUUGCAACUCUCAUCAACUCUCAUUCUUGUUUGAGCGAGGUUUACUGUAAUACUACCAAUUGUCGUGAAAACAGCUCCCGUAAGGAUUUCCUUGUUAAAGUUAUUUUUCCUUUUUGUGUUGACGACUAGACUUCAAAAUUGUCGAAAAAGGAUUGGGUUCAAAAUUCAGCGGGGUUGAGAGAUAAAAAAUUUUGAACUGUAUUUUUAGUGUAUUUAUAUAUCAUGGUUAGUCAACUUAAGUAAAUGGAAUUAAAAACAUACAAAUAGUAACUCUAAUGUGGAAAUCGCACGCAAGCUGUUUUGAUGACAUUUUAUACCACGCUAUUUAAGCUAGCCAUAUGGCUAUUGAAGUUCGAAUCACUCCUAUACCCUUCCUAUCUGCAUCUAGGCUCGCCAAUCUCCCUGUAUAUCAAAAUGUCGAAUUACUGAAUUUGACUUCCAUGAUUUUUUGAUAUAGUUUGACAUUUAGUAAACGCAAGAAUUAAAAAAGUAGCACGCAUAUUGUACUAGGAAUCUAGGAUUACGCCUCGUACCACACUAUGCAAAAGUUCAUUUAAUUAUUGAUGCAUAUAAUAGUAUUAAAACAAAAUGAAUGCUAAUCUGAUAAUUGAGUGUUUUAAAAUGAUGACAUUUAAAGGUGAUCUACAGUCCGUAUGUAAACAAAGCCUUUGUUUACAUUUUUGUGUCCAAAAUAUUGAGCUUUAUUCGACAACUAUUUAUAUUUUCAAGCUUCUAGAGUAUAAUAAAUGAUCAAGAAACAACAAUCAGGCUUUUAAAGAACUCAAAACAUAGUUAAACUGUUUGUAUCAUAAAAUAAAAUAAAUAAAUGCUAAUCCAUAGUUAACUAUGGCUAAUCAAAAUCCCUGGGGUGGAGAUGCAAUUAAUGAUCAAAUACCCCACAUAUGCCCAACCCCCCCCCCCCUCCUUUGGGAGUUAACAUUGAUAGGUGCAUUUUAUGCAGGUUAUUUUUGUAUUCUCAUAUAAUGUACCUUAAUUAAAGUAUCAGCAGCAUGUUAUUGCACGGGACCAUUUAUCAAUAUUAUUGUAUAUAAAUAGACAUAUUUUUGUUUUAUUGUUGCAUUAAUUUUAAUGAAAAUUUACUCACAAAGUUGGUCAAGUGAAUGUAUAAACUAUUAAUUUGUUCAUUUAGUACAGCACAUGUUACAAUUAUGUACUUAAUUGCAUGAGUGUGCAUGACAGACAUUGUUUUAAUUGCACCCACUUGUGAUUAACCUAGUUUUUGUUUAAUUUAAAAAUGCUGAAAAAAAAUCUAAAAAGUUAGCCAAUUGAAAUAACAGCAUUUCUAUAACUUGCUAAACCUAGUCAGUUGCUAUUAUAUCACAAACAUCUGUCAACGUACACUCAUGCUCUUCCUUACCACUCGAGUCUCCCACUCACCACGUCGCUUUAUGAAAUUUUUGGAAAAAAUCCUAUUUUAAAAAACUCAACCCUAUACUUGAUAUGCUGAACAUAGACCUCUAAGAUAUCUCCUGCGGCAAUUAGUGGGUGCAAAUACUCGCAUAGUUCAGAAGCAAUAUAACCAACAUGUGUCCAUCCUGUUCCAUAGUCUAGAUCAAUUGCACUUGAGUCCGUUGGAUUCAAUUGCUCUGGCCAAUGAAGAGCAAGGUAUGCCUGUUCCAAAAUUAUGUUGGUAGUUUUUCUCAUGAGCAGCACCGAUGCACUUGAAAUCUUGAAUGGUACAGCAUGGGUGAUUUUGUCCUCGUCACUUUCAUCCUCAUCACUUAACUGGUCACCACUUUCUGCCCUAUCACCUUCAUUACAACUUUCUACCCCAUCACCUUCAUUACCUGACCAGGUUCAAGCACAGGCGGCCCAAUCUCGCAAGGGUCAGUAUAGAUUUUAUAGAUUUUAUACCAUAGAAGCUUUAUACAGUAUAAAUUUAUAUUAUAUUAUAUUAUAUUAAUUGUAUAUUAUAGUAAAAAUAUGUCGUAAAAUAUAAAUUUUAAAAUGAAAUUUACUUGCCUAUUUGCUAGUGUGUGUUCUCCUUUUAUUCCUCCUUUGUUGGACUAAUAUUUUCCGAGACUUUGUACUCCAUGUUACUAGUAUACAUGAAACAUGAUAAAGGCUAACCAUUCCCGAUCGUCGAUACGACGGCACGGCACUUCGAAUCGAAAAUUCUCACACUCAAAUCGCUUUAUUCUCCAAAAAAAUUCGCCAGAAUGUACAACAAAUGCCGUUCUUCGAAAAUACGGAGGUACUUCGGCGAGAUGUACAAGUUUUGGACCAUAUUUUAACAAUGGAAAUCAAAACCCCUUUUAUAUUGAACUUGCCCAGGCCGAAAAUUACUACGGCGAACGUCUGCGCAACCAGGCCUCCUUUACCGUUGGAUUUACAGGGGGGGAAGCAGAUAUUUCCGGUAACAGCCAGCCAAUCGCGGCCGCGAUAGCGACUGUUUACAUUAUUUGAAAUUUGAUAUUCAAAAUAAAAACUCCUUCGAUCGGAUACUGUAUAAAACUCGAGAUGUUGUCGAAGAAACGAAAACUAAACGACGGAGAUUGAAGAAAUUUAAAGAAGAAGUAAUAUACAGCGGCUCUUUGUUGGAAAGCAUGGUAGAAUAUGAUACUUUAAUUCGAAAUAUUAUCGUGAAUAUAUUAGUUGCAUCCUCCCCCCUGUAAAUCCAACGGUAAAGGAGGCCUGGUUGCGCAGACGUUCGCCGUAGUAAUUUUCGGCCUGGGCAAGUUCAAUAUAAAAUGGGUUUUGAUUUCCAUUGUUAAAAUAUGGUCCAAAACUUGUACAUCUCGCCGAAGUACCUCCGUAUUUUCGAAGAACGGCAUUUGUUGUACAUGCUGGCGAAUUUUUUUGGAGAAUAAAGCGAUUUGAGUGUGAAAAUUUUCGAUUCGAAGUGCCGUGCCGUCGUAUCGACGAUCGGGAAUAGUUAGCCUUUAUCAUGUUUCAUGUAUACUAGUAACAUGGAGUACAAAGUCUCGGAAAAUAUUAGUCCAACAAAGGAGGAAUAAAAGGAGAACACACACUAGCAAAUAGGCAAGUAAAUUUCAUUUUAAAAUUUAUAUUUUACGACAUAUUUUUACUAUAAUAUACAAUUAAUAUAAUAUAAUAUAAAUUUAUACUGUAUAAAGCUUCUAUGGUAUAAAAUCUAUACUGACCCUUGCGAGAUUGGGCCGCCUGUGGUUCAAGACCAGCCAACCACUCAAAUAGAUCUCUUUCUACAAAAUCAUAACAAGAAAAUUUUUAUUUUAUUAUUUUAUACAUACACUGUAAUCUCUAAAAUUAGCAAUCUAAUGCAAAAGUAUGUCACUAUUCACAGUAAUAUUAGAACAAUGUUCACACAAGUAUGGCAAUAUUAUUUACAGAUGAAAAUUGAAAAAUAUAUAACUACUGUAUGCACAUAUAUGUAAAAAUCUAUCCACAACUAGAUACAAACAGGCAUCAUACUUCAGCAAAAAUUUAUUAAACAAUUUGUUUAACUCAAAACAUGUACAUAAUUAUGUAUCACAGUGACACAGUACAUAGACACACACAAUAGGGUCAAACUAUAGGCAAUAAACACAAAUAUUACGCUAUAAUUUUGUACAGUGUAUUUAUGAAAUUACAGUACAGUACAGUACAGACAGUGCAAGAAUAAAAACAACAAAGCUGAAAUUUGACUAAAUAACAAGAUAACUGUAAUGCAUUGUAGUAUACCAACCUUAUUAAAUACUGCGCUUGUUUUUACGUUGAUGAUACACGGAGAUUUAAUAACGCCAUCCAACUUUAAUUAGAAAGAAGAGCCUUGCUAUUGGGAAUAUUUAUAUAAACAAAAUUCCUUCGCUCAGACGGAUUAUUUAUAAAUUAAACUAAAAUAACAACACGUCCCAUGCAAUUUAAAAAAAAGGUAAACCUGCUAUAGUAAAACACAAGUCAUAAUGAGGAUCGCAACAAUACAGCAAUAUGCUGUUUUCACAGAGUAUCUGACACUCUUGUCGUUCGAAAGCUUCCAUAUUUGUUUAGUCAGAGAGAUGUUCUCUCCUCGAUAGGGAUGGGCGAUACCAGCUUUUUCAUUCGAUACGAUAUUUCCUCGAUAUUUGCCGAUUUUUUUCGAUAUCGAUACCGAUAUCGAUAUUUUCCCAACUCGAACAACCAUCACAACAAAAAGACUAUUUUCAAUCAUUAACAACGGCAACAACACUAACAAUAUAAACAUUGAAUAAUAUAUGUCAGUGAUUGCAACCAGCAUGACCAGAAACUCCGAUCCUGCCCGUGGACCAUUAUAGCGCCAUAGAAAAUGAACUACUUUUAUAGUAUUUACGCCUACUAGUAUUUAGGCUUGGUGAUCGCUAGAUAGUAUACUUCAAAAUAAGGUUUCCAUUUUUAUAACGUAGAAAAAACUAUCCUAACGCAAAACUAAACCCUAACCCUAAUACUAACCCUAACCCUAACCUAACCCUAACCUAAACCCUAACCUAACCCUAACUUAUUUUAAUUAUUUUAAAAAUUGAUAUAAAAACGGAAACCUUAUUUUGAAGUAUACUAUCUAGCAAUUGCCCCUUGGGUGGCUACGAGUGAGGCGGCAUGUAAUGGAUAUGUAACGGUAUGUAAGGGUAUCUGAGGGUAUGUAAGGGUAUGUAAUGUACAAGCAUAUAAUUUUGCCUAUAUAUACUACUGUAAUAAAACAAGACGCAAACGAAACGGCUCAAAAAACGUUUACUUCGUAAGAUAGUCUUACAUGUAUGAACAAUGCCGAAUUUAAGCUACAUAUCAGUAUUUCUCAGAAAAAUUCCCUCUGAAAAAUAUUAUCGGUUCCAAGUUCCGGACUCGGUUCCUGUAUUGUUAUAUCCCUGUAUAAUUUGAGACACAGGUCACAGGUCAUAUUUAUAAACUCGUCGAUUUCAAGGUUUUUUCCGCUACGAAAUCAUGUGAAAUGCCUUUCCUCUGACAGACAUUGAAAUGCGUCAAGUUGCAAGGAACUUUUUCGCCUUCCAUGUACGCACUAACUACAAAAUAUGGUUUUAAUGACAAACCACUCUGACACAUAGGUAACAGAACACCACAUCUGUGUCUGUGAAAUGUCAACAGCAUCAAAAAAUAAUACAUAUUGACGCAUGCUCCAGGUAUUUAGAGUUUAGAGAAAUUGGUGACUACAAAUUUUUUUUGCCACUAUUAAAUUUGAUACAAAUUGUCACAAAUUUCAUUUUGGUAUUGCAAUUUGGUGUAUGCCGUAUAUAUCACUUCCAUGGACACACGAGUGAAUAUGAGAAAUAGCCAGGAUCUUGUUGAGUCAUGUUUUAAACUAUUAUUUAUCAGGUUGCUUAGUCACAGACAAUGUUGACAUUUAUUUAGAGAUCAAGUUUCUUAUAUUACAGCAACGUCGCAAACUAUGAUAGAACUAAACGCCUUAUAGCUUCCCUAAACAGGCUUUGAUAUGAAUUUAAAAGAUGAUAGACGCAGUUAAGGAUUAUUUAGCCCCGAAAAGAUUUGGUACUAUCGCCUAUAUAUGUGUAAUUGUUCAUUUCCUUUGUGGAUUGGUAUUUGCUGGUGUUACCGCAGCUUUGAGGGCAAGCGAGAACGGGAAAUUUUCUUGCUCUGUUGAUGGUAAAAGUACGGCCACGUACAAGCAACAGGCAUGUUUUGCAAGAUAUGAUCAAGCUUAUAAUUCCCCUCUGCCUUUGUACGGCUUUGUUUUACUGAGUAUUGGAUUGUCAGUUCUUGUCAGUGUUAUUUAUUCACUGUUAGUAUGGAAGCGUGUCGACGAAAUAGAGUCAAGCUAUGAACGACAAACUGAUGGCAAAGCCGAGCAUCGUAGACAAAACGUGAAAAUUUUUUAUGUUUUUUAUCGGUAUUUCAUCCACCUCAUUGUGCGUUCGUUAAUUGGGAUUAUUUUUACUGUUGUACAACAUACAUAUUUCUAUCCCAAUGGUUUCGAUUUGAAAUUCAGCUGCAAUUUACUACCAGCGGAAGUAACAUCCAACAUCAAUACACCAAAGAAUGCGAGUCGUAAUUUGAACAGUACAUCGGUAAAUUGUGAGAAUGCGACAGCGUCAGAGAAAUGGUUAUGGGGCAUAAUUGUAUCUGUAAUAAACAUUAUUGUUGCCUUAAUUAUAUCUGUGGAAGUGAUUUAUCUUUUGCCACGUUUACCUGUGUUCAACAGUUGUUCUUGGGUUGGCUGGAGCGGUGAUUUUGAAUUUGUUAUUGAAUAUCUUCUUGACAAAUCAUACAACGUACCUGGUGAGAGUGCACCUUUAACAAGCGUCAAGAACAACCGUCUACGCUGUCGCACUCAAACUUAUCGCAUUCCGGACUCUGUCGCUCAAGCGUGUGGCGCUGUGAACGAUACCAUUCCGGACUUUAGGAAUCAGGACACUCUCGACUCCAUCGCUCAAGAAUGUACCACUAUCGACCAUGACAUCCAGGACUCUGGGACUGAGGAUUGUAUCGACGUUUACAGGGAACAAGUUUUGAAUCGUUCUCGUGAUCCUGGCAUAAUUUAUGGACCUAACGCUAAUAUAGAUGAUUUGUAUAUUGACGUUGUUAUCCAUACUGAACGAGCUCAGCAUAAAUUUUCUAAACAAAUGAAAAGACACGAGAUCUACGAUGUUUACAUGGAAGUUCCUUACACCUCAAUAUGUUUAGAAAGGAUUGAUGAAUUAUUUUAUCCAAACAGAGAUACAAAGGGAGAAUUUCCUCGUAGCAUUCUAGCGAUUGGAAGACCUGGGAUUGGUAAAUCUGUCUUGACCGAAAAAAUUCUCCAUGAUUGGGCUAAUGGAGUUGAUAAAUAUUAUUCCGACAAGAUUGUCUUCUCUUUUAAAUUCAGAUGGUUCAACGAGAAUAUUAACCACUUAACAAAUAUAUCCCUAAAGACAUUUCUUCGGUUUGGCACGAGACUGAGUGAAGAAAAGUUCGAAAGUAUUUACAAAGAAAUUGCAAAAGAGCCACAAAAAGCCAUUUUCAUUUUUGAUGGUUUAGAUGAAUAUCACAGCGACCCCAUAAGUUGCUUAGACCAAUCUCGCAUCAUUCCAAACGAUCGUAAUACUGGCACGUCAGCAAUAAAUUUAUUCAUUAAACUAGUUUUGGGCGAUUUGUUGAAAGGAGCAACGGUUGUAGUAACGAGCAGACCGACUGCAGGUGAUUUUUACUCGAGACUUCAUUUUGAUCGAAAUGUGGAGAUUAUUGGUUUCACUUGCGAUAAAAUUGAAGAAUAUGUCAGCCGAUUUUGUGAUAAUAAUAACACGAGCGACCAUAUCAAAACGAAGAUAUGGAAGCACAUAAAAUCCUCGUCAGAACUGUUAAACUUAUGUUACAUUCCAGUCAACUGCUUUAUAGUGUGUGUUACCCUCUCUGGAUGUCUUAAUGACCCAAGAAAUGAAACUGGUGUUCUUCCAACAACAUUGACAGAACUUUACCAGACAGCCAUUGAUCAUUUGGAGAAACAUCAUCACAGAAAUGCAGGCAGAAACUCUACGGCACAUGAAGCGUUAAAGCAACUUCAACGAUUAGCAUUCCUUGGUAUGGAAAGCGGGCAACUGGUUUUUAAUCAAACAUUAUUUGAUGAAGAAAUGAGAAAAUCAGGUUUAUUGAACAGUUUAUCCAACCCUAUUUUCCCACUACAAACACAAUUUUGUUUUAUCCACUUAACCAUACAAGAAUUUCUUGCUGCAAAACACGUGACUGAAACACUCGCUCCAGCCGAAAUAAAGAAGUUUAUUUCCGACCAUGUUGGAAGUGGUCAAUGGCAUUUAGUUCUUCAGUUCAUUGCAGGACUUUUGGGCAAGAAAAUCAAGAAUUUUGAUAGGGAAUACAAGGAUUGUGUAUUCGCGUUUGCAGAACGCUUUGGAGUAAAAAAUGGUCAAAUUACAGUUAAAUACCAUGAAGUGUUUAUAAUGAAGUGUUUAAGGGAAGUGGACGAUGAAGAAAUUACUAAAGAAGUUUGCGAAGCAACUGCUAUAAACGAUUUGGUAGAACUACACACUCAUCAAACAAUUUAUAAUCUUUCUCCAAGUGAUUGGGCGGCAGUGACUUUCGUUUGCAAACACAUGAAAAAAUUGGCAAAUUUGACAUUGUUGGAAAUUGCGGCAGGUUGUCUUCUGGGAUUGUUACGAAAAAGAUGCCUAAAUAAACUAGAUAUGCGUGCGCAAGCACGUGGCACUGUUGCAGACGAAGUAGACCAAGUAUUUAGCGCAUUAAUGGAAUCAAACUGCACAUUGGACCACAAACACACUAAGCUGACUUCGUUAUCACUUGCUGGUUUUCGCAUUACCGAAGCAGGUUUACCAAUCAUUUGCAAUUUUUUUGAAAAUGGGCAUGCGAGCCAACUUGAGCAGUUAACUUUAAGUUCAAAUCAUAAUAGAAUUUAUUCACAUGAUAUUUCGAAACUUUGUGAAGUCCUGAACAAUGGACAUUGUCCAAAUCUUACACAUUUGAAUUUUCGAAAUAAUUCAAUACGUGAUGAGGGUGCAAUGGUGUUGUGUGAUUCUCUGACGAAAGGGCUUCGUAAACUUAAUAAAUUGGAUGUAAGUGUAUGCGAGUUAACAGAUCAAUGUAUUCCCACGCUAGUGGAGGCACUGCAAGAUGAACGUUGUCAACUGACUGAUCUAUCACUGGGGAACAAUACAAUAGAUGAUAAAGGUGCAUGUAUGUUGUAUGAAGAUGCCUUGACAAACGAGCAUUGUAAGCUUUCGGUGUUGAAUCUUGGAAAGUGUUUGUUAACGGAUCAGUGCAUACCCAGUUUGUGUAAGGCACUGCGAGAUGAACAUUGUAAGCUAACAGAAUUGUGGCUUCCGUCAAAUACAUUUACUGCAAACGGCAGGAAGUUGCUUAGUGAUAUAAAAGAUGUUGAAAGUUGUAAAGCUAGGGAUUUACGAAUUGUUGAGUACAAUGGAAAUUAUAUCUGUUCUUAACAUUUUUGUUAAUAUACUGUACGGCUUUAAAUUUGUAAAAUAAACGCUGUUUCAUUGAUAACUGUAGAUUAUCUUCGCGUUUCUGGGAUGUUGCCAAUCUAUACUGGUGUGAUUAAAGUCCCUGAUCUAACGAGGAUGUGAGUUGGCAAGCGAGAAUUUGCAUGCGAGUUUUCUCAACUCUCGCGCCCCGAUAGGAACGAGAACAAAAGUUGCAUGAGAGUUGAUGAGAGUUGAGUGGAUAUUACCGCUCGCGUAGCAAAAACUCUCCUCAAAAUUUGAACGAGCUCAAAGUUGAUGAAAGUGCAUGAGAGUGGAUGAGAGUUGGCGAUGAAACACGAGCGAGAAUUGCAACUCUCAUCAACUCUCAUUCUUGUUUGACUGAGGCUUAUUGUAAUAGUACCAAGUGUCUUGAAAACACCUCCCGUAGGAUUUCCUUGUUAAAGUUAUUUUUCGUUUUCGAGUUGACGAUUAGACUUCAAAACUGUCGAAAAAUGAUUGGGUUAAAAAUCAGGGGAUUGAGAGCUCAAAAAUUUUGAAGGGUAUUUUCAGUGUAUUUAUCAUGGUUAUGGAAUUAAAAACAUACAAAUAGUAACUCCAAUAUGGAAAUCUCAUGCAUGAAACCUGUUUUGAUGACAUUUUCUACCACACUAUUUAAGCUAGCCAUAUGGUUAUUGAAGUUCGAGUCAUUCCUAUACCCUUCCUAUCUGCAUCUAGGCUCGUCAAUCUCGCUGUAUAUCAAAAUGUCAAACUGAAUUUGACUUCCAUCAUUUUUUGAUAGUUUGACAUUUAGUAAACGCAAGAAUUAUAAAAAAUAGCACGCGUAUCGUAUUAGGAAUCCAGGAUUACGCCAACCUCGUUACCAAACUCUUCUAGGGAAGUGGUAUACAUGGUAUACAUAAUAAUGUUUGAAUAAUAAUUGAAAUAAAUAUAACUGGAACGAUACCUCCAAGCGGAAGUUUGAAGCCGAACUUGAAAGCCAGUCCCAGUCUUUUCACGCAUGGGAAGAGCGCGGUGAAUCCGUCUACAAUGAUAUGUAUUUUUGAAAACCGCGGCUUAAAAUUUACAAACAAGCUUUUUAACAGCAUUCAAAGCUUUCUAUUAAUGCAUUUAUGGAGGUAAAACGUUCUAUUAGACUUUACUUUUAGUUUUGGGGGUCAGAUUUGGCUUCAAUACAGUGAAAGAUCGAUAGGCAGUUUUAUCUGAAGGUAGCGUUCCAGUUAAUAUAUGCUAUAUAUUCAAUGCUAUAAAGCGAUACAACUGAAGUAUAUAUCAGCUUAGCGCAAUUUUUUAUUAGCGUUUGUGUCAAAUUUGUGUCUUGUGCGAAUUAGCCAUUCCGAAGUUGAUGAGAGAACUGGAGACGAGUGUUAAAAAGUGCCCAAAUUAAGAAAUGAACCAAAUCACUAAAAAGGCCACCUCAAAAUUAGUAAGUAUACAAAGUUUGAAGACGUUUACAUGAAUACCCUUCGAAUAAUAAGCUUUCGAAAAUUGUGGUGUUUACUAUGAAAUGUAUUGUAAUUUUGUAAUUCUUGUUUUUGGGACGCGCGUCCCAAAAACAAGCUUUUAAUCAGUAAUUUCACAAUUUUCGAAAGCUUAUUAUUCGAAGGGUAUUCAUGUAAACGUCUUCAAACUUUGUAUACUUACUAAUUUUGAGGUGGUCUUUUUAGUGAUUUGGUUCAGAACCUUUCUUAAUUUGGGCACUUUUUAACACUCGUCGCCAGUUCACUCAUCAACUUCGGAAUGGCUAAUACGUAUACGGUCCCUAAUCUACUGCCUCUUUCAUAUCCUUUCAUUUUCGUUCAUAUUUCUCAGUUUCUCUCUUUUUUGAAAAUCCUUGGCACUUUGCUCAGGAGACAAGAAAAUACGCUACGUUUAGGUACGAAACGGUUGAAAUGGAAAACAACCCAUGUAAACAAGCUUCAUUACGUCUGUCUAUAAAUUCCAUAAUUCUUCUGAAAGUAUUUUGAAGAUAUCUAACGCUGAUAUAAUAUCCAUGAAAUACAACUAUAUUUCACAAAGUGUGAGACGUUCAUGUAAGGACCUUUACCUCAACUUUGUACAAAAUAAUAAAAUAUAAUAAAAUCUUCGGUAUUUGCUAGUCCUUUCUAAUAGAUAUAGCAAAUUAUUUUUGCACCAUUUUCAACAAUAUCAAAGACACAAAAGCUCCCUACGCAAUGUUGCUAUUUUUGAAUUGAUCUAACCAUGUUUUACCCCAUGCCUGUAGGGAGUCCAGCUCAUCACGUCAUAUUGACAGACUUUUAACUGGCUGCUUGCAUGUACCUGAAGUUUAUCUUGCGGAGAGCCAACGCUUAUAAUUGUGAAAUACAACUAUUUCAGGAAGUCCAACACCGGGAAAUCUGCCCAGCAAAGAAAAGCGGAAUCUCCGGGUAUUUUCUAGCCAUUUAAUCUAUAUAUUCAGCAACUUAAUUUUAGAUCAUUUUCAAUUAACUUUAAACAAUAUCAAAGACACAAAAGCUCCCCAUGCAAUUUUGCCAUGUUUUGUUCAGCUUUAGCCAUGCAUUCAAAGAACUUAAUUGUUGUCUCUUUUCUGUUGCAUAUCAACAAAAACUCACUGAGUUGCAAGUUCAUGUUACCCAAAUUGCUGUGUCACAAACCCGAAAGUGCACAGACCAAAGUUUCAAAGAUGUACUUUGUUAAAUAUCAAGAUGAUAGAUGUCGUUAAGGAUUAUUUAGCUCCGAAAAGAUUUGGUACUGUCGCCUACCUAUGUGUGAUUGUUCAUUUUCUUUGUGGUUUGGCAUUAAGUGCUUUUACCACAUUUUUGAGGAUGACCGAGAACGCGGGCAAAUUUUUUUGUUCAGCUGAUGCUAAGAGUACGACCACGUACAAGAAACAGGUCGACCAGGUAUGUUUUGCAAGAUAUGAUCACGCAUAUAAUUCCCCUUUGCCUUUUUGUGCGGCUUUGUUCCACUGAGUAUUGGAGUCACAGUUCUUGUCAGUGUUAUUUAUUUCACUGAUAGUGAGCACCCGCGUCGACGAAAUAAAGUCAAUGCACAAACGACAAACUGAUGGCGAAGCCGAGAAUCGUGGACAGAACAGGAAAACGGUAUAUGUUUUUUAUUCAUAUUUUGUCCACCUUGUUCUUCGUGGGUUAUUUGUGAUCACUUUAACUGUUUUGCAACACACAUAUUUCUAUCCAAAUGGGUUUUACUUCAAAUUCAGCUGUAAUUUACCCCCAACGGAUCAAGUAUCAUCCAACAUAAAUACACCAAAGAAUGCGAGUCGUAAUUUGAAUGGUACAUUAGUAACAUGUGAGAAUGCGACAGCGUCAGAAAAAUGGGUAUCAGGCAUAUUUGUGUCUGUAAUAAACAGCAUUGUUGCCGCAGUUAUACUUGGCGAAGUGAUUUAUCUUUUGCCACGUUUACCAAUCCUCAACCGUCAUUCCGGAGUUGGCUGAAACGGUGAUUCUAAAUUUGUUAUUGAAUAUCUUCUUGGCAAGCAAUAUAAUGUUCCUGAUGAAAGUGAACCUUUAACGGGUAUCGAAAGCAAUCCUACGUACUGUAGCACUCAGGAUUAUAUCGACUUUUACAAGGAACAAGUUUUAAAUCGUUCUCGUGCACCUGACAUAAUUUAUGGCCGAAAUGCCAAUAUAAACGAUUUGUAUAUUGACGUUGUUAUCCAUACUGAACGAGCUCAGCAUAAUUUUCCUGAAGAAAUGAGAAGACACGAAAUCUACGACGUUUAUAUGGAAGUUUCUCCAACCUCAAUAUGUUUAGAAAGGAUUGAGGAAUUAUUUUAUCCAAACAGAGAUACAAUGGGAGAAUUUCCUCGUAGCAUUUUGGCGAUUGGAAGACCUGGGAUUGGUAAAACUGUCUUGACCGAAAAAAUUUUGCGUGAUUGGGCUAAUGGAAUUGAUGAAUAUUACUGUUGCAAGAUUGUCUUCUUUUUCAAAUUCAGAUGGUUCAACGAGAAUAUUAGAAAAUUAAUAAAUAUAUCCCUUAAGACAUUUCUUCGGUUUGGGACGGGACUGAAUGUACAAAUUUUUGAAAGUAUUUACGAAGAAAUUGCAAAAGAGCCACAAAAAGCCAUUCUUAUUUUUGAUGGUUUAGAUGAAUAUCACGGUAACCCCAUAAGUUGCUUAGACCAACCUCGCAUCAUUCCAAACGAUCCUAAUACUGGCACGUCAGCAAUGAAUUUAUUCAUUAAACUAGCUUUGGGCGACUUGUUGAAAGAAGCAACGGUUGUAGUAACGAGCAGACCGACUGCAGAUGAUUUUUACUCUAGACUUGAUUUUGAUCGAAAUCUGGAGAUUAUUGGUUUCACUUCUGAUAAGAUUGAAGAAUACGUCAGCCGAUUUUGUGACAAUAAUAACACGAGUGACCUGAAAAUGAAGAUAUGGAACCACAUAAAAUCCUCAUCAGAACUUUUAAACUUAUGUUACAUUCCAGUCAACUGCUUUAUAGUGUGUGUUACUCUCUCUGGAUGUCUUAAUGACCCAAGAAAUGAAACCGGUGCUCUUCCAACAACACUGACAAAACUUUACCAGACAUCCAUUGAUUAUUUUGAGAAACAUCAUCACAGAAAUGCAGACAGAAACUCUACGGCACAUGAAGCGUUAAAGCAACUUCAACGAUUAGCAUUCCUUGGUAUGGAAAGCGGGCAACUGGUUUUUAAUGAAACAUUAUUUGAUGAAGAAAUGAAAAAAUCAGGUUUAUUAAACAGUUUAUCCAAUCCUAUUUUCCCACUACGAACACAAUUUUGUUUUAUCCAUUUAACCAUACAAGAAUUUCUUGCUGCAAAACACGUGACUGAAACACUCGCUCCAGCCGAAAUAAAGAAGUUUAUUUCCGACCAUGUUGAAAGUGGUCAAUGGCAUGUAGUUCUUCAGUUCAUUGCAGGACUUUUGGGCAAGAAAAUCAAGAAUUUUGAUGAGGAAUACAAGGAUUGUGUUUUCACGUUUGCAGAAAGCUUGGAAGUUACUAAUGGUAAAAUGCAAGUUAAAUACCAUCAGGUGUUUAUAAUGAAGUGUUUAAGGGAAGCGGACAAUGAAGAGAUUACUAGAGAAGUUUGCGAAACAACCGCUAUAAACGAUUCGGUAGAACUAUACACUCAUUUUUACGCUGAUAAUAUUUCUCCAAGUGACUGGGCAGCAGUGACUUUCGUUUGCAAACAUAUGAAAAACUUGGCAAAUUUGACAUUGUUUCCAAUUGCCGCAGGUUAUUGUCUUCAGGAGGUUCUGGGAUUGCUACGAAAAAGAUGCCUAAAUAAACUAGAAAUGCGUACGGUAACAUUUCUUUCUGUUGCAGACGAUAUAGACCAAGUAUUUAGCGCAUUAAUGGAAUUAAAUUGCACAUUGGACCACGAACACACUAAGCUAAAUUCAUUAACACUUGAUAAUUUUCGCAUGACAAAAACAGGUUUACCAAUCGUGUGCAAAUUUUUUGAAAACGGGCAUGGUAGCCAACUUGAGCAGUUAACUCUAAAUCUUAAUAGAAUUGAUUCACAUAAAAUUUCGAAACUUUGUGAAGUCCUUAACAAUGGACAUUGUCCAAACCUUACACAUUUGGAUCAUGGAAGUAAUACAAUACGUGAUGAGGAUGCAAUGGUGUUGUGCGAUUCUCUGACGAAAGGGCUUCGUAAACUUAAUAAAUUGGAUGUCAGUUCGUGUGGGUUAACAGAUCGAUGUAUUCCUACGUUAGUUAAGGCAGUGCAAGAUGAACAUUGUCAACUGACUAAACAAUCAUUGGAGUUCAAUGACAUAGGUGAUAAAGGUGCAUGUAUGUUGUUUGAAGAUGCCCAAACAAACGAGCAUUGUAAGCUUACUUUGUUGAAUCUUGAAAGGUGUUUGUUAACGGGUCAAUGUAUACCCAGUUUGUGUAAGGCACUGCAAGAUGAACGUUGUCAACUAACUGAUCUAUCACUGGAGUCUAAUGCCAUAGAUAACAAUGGUGCAUGUUUGUUGUUUGAAGAUGCCCUGAGAAAAGAGCAUUGUAAGCUUACUGUGUUGAAUCUUGAAAGGUGUUCGUUAACGGGUCAAUGCGUACCCAGUUUGUGUAAGGCGCUGCAAGAUGAACGUUGUCAACUGACUGUUUUAUUACUGGGGGAAAAUGCCAUAGGUGACAAAUGUGUAGGUAUGUUGUUUGAAGAUGCCUUAGCAAACGGGCAUUGUAAACUUACUGUGUUGAAUCUUGAAAGGUGUUUGUUAACGGGUCAAUGCAUGCCCAGUUUGUGUAAAGCGCUGCAAAAUGAACGUUGUCAACUGACUGAACUAUCAUUGGAGGACAAUGACAUAGGUGAUAAAGGUGUAUGUAUGCUGUUUGAAGAUGCCCUGACAAAAGAGCAUUGUAAGCUUACUGCGUUGAAUCUUCACGAGUGUUCGUUAACGGAUGAAUGCAUACCCAGUUUGUGUAAGGCACUGCAAGAUGAACAUUGUAAGCUAACAGAAUUGAGCCUUAUAACGAAUAAAUCGGUUACUGAAAACGGCAAGAAGUUGCUUCGUGACACAAUGGAUUAUGAAAGUUGUAAAGUCAACGAUUUACAAAUUGACUGAUGAGUGCAUUGAAAAUUAUAUCUGAUCUUAACAUUUUUGUAUACAUACACCAUAUAAAGCUUUAAAUUUGUAAAAAAUAAACGCUGUUUCAUUAAUAAUUGUAGAUUAUCUUCGCGUUUCUGGGAUUUUGCCAAUCUUUACUAGUGUGAUUAAAGUCUUAAAAUCCCGGAUGAAACGACGAUGAGAGUUGGCAAACGAGAGUUUGCAUGCGAGUUUUCUCAACUCAUGCUCCGAUCCGAACGAGAACAGAAGUUGCAUGAAAGUUGAUGAGAGUUGAGUGGAUAUUACCGCGCGCGUGGCAAAACGAGUUCAAAGUUGAUGAAAGUGCAUGAGAGUGGAUGAGAGUUGGCGAUGAAACGCGAGCGAGAGUUACAACUCUCAUCAACAUGGGCGUACGGGAAGGAAAAAUUAGGGGGGGGGCGGAAAGAAAUUUGCCCGACUUUUUCGGAUUGUGCCAGAGUUGUCAAAAAAAAUUUUCCGGACAAACUUUCCAAAAUUGUUGUCGACGGAUUGAUUACGAAAAAUUCCUAUUAGAUAGCAUAUUUCCCACAAACUUGACAGAAUUUCCCACAAAGCUGACAGAAUUUGUCCCAUCUAUUCUUAUAAUAAGCCAAUAUUGCCCGACUGUGAAGCGAAUAUUGCCCGACUGGCUUUGUUUGCCUAACAAACUGGAAGUGUAUUUAUGGUUAGUCAACUUAAGUAAAUGGAAUUAAAAACAUACAAAUAGUAACUCUAAUAUGGAAAUCCCAUGAAAGCUGUUUUGAUGACAUUUUAUAUCACACUAUAUUUAAGCUAGCCAUAUGUCUAUUGAAGUUCGAGUCAGUCCUAUACCUUCCUAUCUGCAUCUAGGCUCGUCAAUCUCGCUGUAUGUCAAAAUGUCAAACUGAAUUUGACUUUCCAUAUAUUUUGUGUUCAAUAUAUAGACCACAGUAAGACUUUUUUAAAUGUUUAUUUCAUUAACAAACGACGUUUCGGAGAUUUACUCCAUCUUCAGGUAGGAUUACAAUUUGAAUUUAAACUAACAUGCGCAUGCAUAAACGUUAAAAUUGCGACCGUUAUUCGCGCGUGCGAAAUUGCGUAAGCAUAUAAAUUACGUGCACGUGUCCGAUUAAUUCUAAUAAAAAUUAGAAAUUGUUAAUUCUGUCUUUAAUGUUUAAACUACGAAAUCUAAGACAUUUAACUGUUCGUAUUUUCCAUUCAAGUCUGGAUUAAGCUUUUGGAUGAAUAAUGCUUCGGUAAUUUUCCGUUCUACAGAUCCUUUUGUUCUUUUUAAAAUCUUAACAGACAGUUUAGGUUUUUGUCCGUAAUGUUGGUCGAGGUAGUGUUUCGAGAAAGCCAUGUUUUUAUAGGACUUUGCUUUCGGGUUUGCUGCGGAACGAAAAUGUUCUUGGUAUCGAACCACCAAUGGUCUGCCUGUCUCGCCUACGUACGUUGCUCCACAAAGGUCACAGUUGAUUUGAUACACGACAUCUUUCUGUGUACACUGAAUGGGAGCAUUUGAGUUGCUGCAGAUUGGGCAUUUAGAGGUGUCUCUGCAUACUUUAUCGUAAGGUCGCGAUUCUACGAGGAGUUGUUUAAGCGAGCUUUGUGGUCUUUCAACUAUUCUGACAUUGAGGUUUGAACUAAUAGUUGAAAGUUCAAACCAGAAUAGUUGAAAGACCACAAAGCUCGCUUAAACAACUCCUCGUAGAAUCGCGACCUUACGAUAAAGUAUGCAGAGACACCUCUAAAUGCCCAAUCUGCAGCAACUCAAAUGCUCCCAUUCAGUGUACACAGAAAGAUGUCGUGUAUCAAAUCAACUGUGACCUUUGUGGAGCAACGUACGUAGGCGAGACAGGCAGACCAUUGGUGGUUUCGAUACCAAGAACAUUUUCGUUCCGCAGCAAACCCGAAAGCAAAGUCCUAUAAAAACAUGGCUUUCUCGAAACACUACCUCGACCAACAUUACGGACAAAAACCUAAACUGUCUGUUAAGAUUUUAAAAAGAACAAAAGGAUCUGUAGAACGGAAAAUUACCGAAGCAUUAUUCAUCCAAAAGCUUAAUCCAGACUUGAAUGGAAAAUACGAACAGUUAAAUAUCUUAGAUUUCGUAGUUUAAACAUUAAAGACAGAAUUAACAAUUUCUAAUUUUUAUUAGAAUUAAUCGGACACGUGCACGUAAUUUAUAUGCUUACGCAAUUUCGCACGCGCGAAUAACGGUCGCAAUUUUAACGUUUAUGCAUGCGCAUGUUAGUUUAAAUUCAAAUUGUAAUCCUACCUGAAGAUGGAGUAAAUCUCCGAAACGUCGUUUGUUAAUGAAAUAAACAUUUAAAAAAGUCUUACUGUGGUCUAUAUAUUGAACACAAAAUAUACUAAUAACAUGAGACUUAGGGAAAGUUCGUUCCUAAACACUUUCCAUAUAGUUUGACAUUUAGUAAACGCAAGAAUAAAAAAAUAACACGCUUUUCGACCAGGAAUCUAGGAUUACGCCUCGUACCACACUAUGCAAAAGUUCAUUUAAUUAUUGAUGCAUAUAUAAUCUUAUAAAAACAAAAUGAAUGCUAAUCUGGAAAUUGAGUGUUUUAAAAUGAUGACAUUUAAAAUAGUGAUUUUUCGAUCUAAAUCAUCCUCAGACUACAAUAUUAUAUACAAAUUACGCGUGUACAAACUGCAGUGAUUUGAAUGACGAAGACAAUAAUGAAGCGUUUUAUGAGGACUGCGAUAAUCAUUUUGCCAUUCCUGAAAAACUCAGUUGGGAAAGGUUUCUGAAAAAUUAAUAUAAAGACCUUAUCGAAAUUCAUUUGUUAGAAAAGAUAUAUAUCUAUUCUAGUUUUAUCCUGCUCGAAAUGCUUUUCAGGCUCUUUACUCCAGCGAGGCGCGUAGUGGAAAGAGCCUGG